ACUUAUUAAACAACAAACAAGGUGAUGAUUCGAAGCGUAUCCAAGUCCAAACCAAACGUUCCAGUAGCACCAUUGCUACUUAUACUCCAGCUUUUAAUGGCGUCCUCCAUUUCUUUAUCUCGUUCACUGUCUCUCCUCCGUCCUCGUCCUCCUUCUUCUUCCUUCUCUCACUUCUCCCCAUUUUCUUCUUCUUCUCGAACCUCUCUCCGUAAUUUCCGUAAAUCCUAUCCUUGUCCUCUUUGGUCUUCUUCUUUCUCCUUCUGUAUUGACCAUUUUCGCCAUCACAGCACCUCUCUUUCUCUUUCGUCAUCAUCUCGAAGUUAUCCUAUGGCGGCCUUAUCUUCGUCGAUUUCUGCUGGUGAUGAUUCUAAUCCUCUUUUGAUUGACUUUGAAUUUCCGCCUUUUGAUUCCGUUAAGCCGGAGCAUGUUCGGCCCGGAAUUCGUGAAUUAUUGAAACAAUUGGAGAUUGAGUUAGAUGUAUUGGAGAAGAAUGUUGAACCAAAAUGGGAGAAAUUGGUUGAACCUUUGGAGAAGAUUGUUGAUAGAUUAGCUGUAGUUUGGGGAAUGGUGAAUCAUCUUAAGGCUGUUAAAGACUGCCCCGAACUACGCUCUGCGAUUGAGGAAGUUCAGCCAGAGAAGGUGAAAUUCGGGCUUAGGCUUGGGCAAAGUAAGCCGAUCUACAAUGCAUUCAAAACUAUCCAAGAGUCCACUGACUGGUUGAAGCUGAGUGAAUCUCAUAAAAGGAUUGUUGAAAACCAAUUAAAGGAUGCUGUUCUCAGUGGUGUUGCACUAGAAGGUGAAAAGAAAGACCAGUUCAACAAGAUUCAGCAGGAAUUGCAAAGACUCUCUCAAAAGUUUGAUGAGAAUGUUUUGGAUGCAACCAAGAAAUUCGAGAAGUUAAUUACUGACAAGAAAGAAAUUGAAGGAUUGCCUGCCACUGCUUUGGGCUUGGCUGCUCAAAUAGCUGUGUCCAAGGGACAUGAAAAUGCUAAUGCAGAAAAUGGGCCAUGGAUUAUAACAUUAGACGCUCCAAGUUUUAUAUCUGUAAUGCAACAUGCUCAAAAUAGGUCUUUACGUGAGGAAGUAUACAGGGCCUAUAUUACUCGUGCUUCAAGUGGUGACCUUGAUAACACUGAAAUUAUCAACCAGAUGUUGAAGCUUCGUCUGGAAAAGGCAAAGCUUCUUGGCUACAACAACUAUGCGGAGGUGAGCAUGGCAAUGAAAAUGGCCACAGUAGAUAAAGCAGAAGAACUUCUUGAAAAACUUCGUGCUGCUUCCUGGAAUCCUGCUGUUCAAGAUCUUGAAGACAUUAGAUGUUUUGCCAAGCAACAAGGUGCUGUUGAGGCUGACAACUUGACCCACUGGGAUAUCAGCUUUUGGAGUGAAAGGCUUCGGGAGUCCAAGUAUGACAUCAAUGAGGAGGAAUUACGACCCUACUUUUCACUUCCAAAGGUGAUGGAUGGCUUGUUUUCCCUAGCAAAGAAGUUAUUUGGUAUCGAUAUUGAGCCUGCUGAUGGUCUAGCUCCUGUGUGGAACAAAGAUGUUCGCUUCUAUUGUGUCAAGGACUCCUCUGGUUCUCCUAUAUCAUACUUCUAUUUUGAUCCAUACUCUCGUCCAUCUGAGAAGCGUGGUGGUGCAUGGAUGGAUGAGGUUGUAUCUCGAAGCCGUGUAUUGUCCCGGGAUGGUUCAUCUGUCAGGCUACCUGUUGCACAUAUGGUUUGUAAUCAAACUCCUCCAGUUGGUGACAAGCCAAGCCUCAUGACAUUCCGUGAAGUUGAAACUGUUUUCCACGAGUUUGGUCAUGCUCUUCAGCAUAUGCUUACAAGGCAUGAUGAGGGUCUUGUGGCUGGUAUUCGAGGUAUUGAGUGGGAUGCAGUUGAGCUUCCUUCUCAAUUCAUGGAGAAUUGGUGUUACCAUAGAGAGACCUUGAUGGGCAUUGCAAAACACUAUGAAACUGGGGAGACUCUUCCUGAAGAUGUUUAUAAGAAACUUUUAGCUGCUAGGACCUUCCGUGCUGGUUCUUUGAGCCUUCGUCAGUUAAAGUUUGCUUCUUUGGAUUUGGAGUUGCAUACUCGGUAUAUUCCCGGUGGUUCAGAGUCGAUUUAUGAUGUUGAUCAAAGAAUCAGUAAGAGGACACAAGUUCUUCCACCAUUGCCUGAAGAUCGCUUCCUUUGCAGUUUCAGCCAUAUAUUUGCAGGUGGGUAUGCAGCUGGAUACUACAGCUACAAGUGGGCAGAAGUACUAUCUGCAGAUGCGUUUUCAGCCUUUGAGGAUGCUGGAUUGGAUAAUGAUAAGGCUGUCAUCGAAAUAGGACGCAAAUUCCGAGAGACAGUUCUUGCUCUUGGAGGGGGAAAAGCACCAUUGGAGGUAUUUGUGGAAUUCCGUGGACGUGAGCCAUCUCCAGAGCCACUUCUCCGUCACAAUGGCUUGUUACCUGCUACGGCAUGAGCAUGAUCAUGACCAGACUCUUAUUAUACAGGUCUGAAAAUUUAUGAAGUUAGCUGUCGGGUAUUAGGGAUGAAUAAUUAUAUCUAGCUCUACUUCAGGAAAUGUUCUAAAGUUACUACAUUGUGGUUGUAACCGAGUUGCUUCCUUCCGGUACAACUCACUACACAGUACGGACUUUCAACACUCAUCGAGUCGCAAGGUUCAUCAGCAAAGGGUGAUCAGUCUCAUAUAAACAAACAAUCCUGUAAGGGUGUGAAUCUUGAUCAUUAAAAAUGGAAUCUUUGUUUAAAGAAUAAACACAUCCUGAAUUGGUCAGGUUUGGUUUCCCCCCUUUGUAACUCAGUAUUGUUCUUUAUUUGCUUUCUUAACAAAGAUCUAAUUUAUUGAUAUAUACGUUUAUUUGGAUUAU